AUGGAUCCCCUCAGCAUCAACGGCAGCGUUAUCGCUCUCCUCAUUUCAACGAUAGCCUCGGCAUCAGCUGAAAUACGCUACCUCACGGUUGAGAUCAGUACCACUCGCGCUCUUCUUUCAAGCAUCUCCAAUAUUGCCGGUGCAGAUGAAACAUGGAACAAGAUAAGCGAGCAACGGAUGGUGUUCGAAUGGCUAUCAACCAUCGAUGCUGCUGCCCGUGCCAAACAUGAGCGGGGCACUGGCGACUGGCUGCUUGGCUCAGAAGACUUUGAUCUUUGGUUGACUGGUACGAGGGAGGUGAUUUGGUUGCAUGGGAUUCCAGGCUCAGGGAAGACAGAGCAACAGAUCCACACUGAGCUGCAGUAUAGGGUUACUCAGGCGAUUUCUCUUCAUGGGCCACAAAUGGAUCAUGAUAUCCAGACGUUGGUCCGCCAUGUUCUCGCAUCGGAUCCCUUGUUAAGCAACCACCCAAUCCACAUAAAGAAAGAGAUCGAACACGCCACUGUGAAUGGAGCCCAUGGAAUGUUCCGACUGGCAGCAUGCCAACUCGAUGCCUUGCGUUCCUGUCUGUCCCCAUCGGCCAUGCAAAAAACGCUACGGUCCCUUCCUCAAACACUAGACAAGAUAUACGAGCGCGUUCUUUGCGAGAUAGAUGAAGAGGCCCGCUCUAUCGCUUUCACAGCGUUGCAGUUUCUAUCUGAGAUGGUGGCUAUCAAGCCUGGAGUCAGUGUUUACGUCGAAAUUGAUAGGCUCUUUGAUCCUACAGAUCUUUUGGCUGUAUGUUUAAGUCUCGUUACCACUUCCCCGGCAUUUUCUGUUCAAUUGUCACACUACUCCGUCCGGGAAUUCUUGAUAUUAGAGCGGAUCUGCAGAGGACCAGCCAGUUACUUUGCUAUAAAAGAGCCUGAAGCACACCUAGCAAUCGCACGAUGUUGUCUGACAUACCUGCUGUCGUUUGAUCGGCCAGUUAUAUCAGACAACUUUCACCCAUCCACAUAUUCCUCCACCUCAUUGGAUGAUUCCCUCGACCCGAGCUAUCCGUUACUAGAGUACGCCGCGUUCGAAUGGCAUACCCAUGUACAGCUCCUUCCUUCCGAAUACCAGAGUCAAACUGAACCAAUGAUUCUUCGUCUUUUGGAUCAAGAUAAUCUCGCCUUUCACCAUUGGCUACCUAUCUAUCGCUCAGGCGAAGAUGAAAAUAGCUUUGGGAGUCCAUUAUGUCAUGCCACGGAGUUGGGGUUAUCCUCCAUGGUUCGCAUGUUUCUGGACACAGAUGCCGAUGUUAACUCUGGCGGUGGCAUGUUUGGAUCAGCGUUUGCAGGUGCCACCCUAGAGGGUCAUACAGAGGUUGUUCGCAUCUUGUUAGAGCAUGGUGCAGAUGUCAAUAUUCGGGGUGGCCUCUUCCAUACGCCUCUACAGGCUGCUUGUGUGAAAAAAAGACUUGAUGUGUUCAACCUGCUGCUUGGUCACGGCGCAGAUAUUAAUAUCACAGGGGGAUACUAUGGCUGUGCUCCCCAAGCAGCUGCCGCGAGAGGGUGGCCCGCAGCUGCCCUCCACCUUAUCAAAUCUGGCGCAGACGUCACUAUAAUGGCAGGUCAAUUUGGUACAGGCUUGCAGGCUGCAUCGCGGUAUGGCCAUGAAGAACUUGUCAUGGGGCUUUUGGUAAGGGGCGCGAAUCCGAAUGCCGCUGGUGGCUACUAUAACGCUGCCCUUCAAACAGCUGCGCGAGGUGGACAUACUGGAAUUAUUCACAUGUUGUUGGAACACGGAGCAAACGUGCACAUGGAGAGGGGAUUCUGCGGCAGUGCCCUACAGGCUGCCCAAUCUCGGCAAAACCACGCCGCCAUUGACAUUCUUGAAGACCAACUCCGAUUGAGUGGUGCAGAUCAAUCUCUUGUGCAAAGGUUCAAGAGACCACCUGAGGAAACUGGAGAGGAUCGUGACAAGAGAGCAAAAAUGAGAGAAGAAAGAUGGAUUUCUCUACAACAAACAGAAGCUAGCUAA